UCUGAAUGAAGUAGAACACGGAUGGAAGGAAGAAGAAUGCGGUAGCAAGAAACUGCACAGAGACACAACCAAGUUCUGCGGUUUGCCAAAGUAUGUUUCACCUCAUCACCUACUGCUGGUCUUGGCUGCAGGCGAUUCAGGAGCCGCUGAGAAGAGUGACUCUCCUUGUCCUUGGCCUAGAAGGAGCAGGAAAAACUUCCCUAGUCAGAGAAAUCCAGAGAGUACUCUCCUGCGAAGUUCUCCCUACCACCAAGCCAAAUCAGACAGAGCUCAGAGUGGACAGGUUUGAGGUAUCCUUCAUCAACCCAGAGGGGGGUCAGAGAACCUGGAAGAACCACUACGGCAAAGCUCAUGGGAUAAUCUUUGUGCUCGAUUCUAGCAACAUGGCACAGAUGGAUGAGGUCAAGAAGACCUUUGCGCGUGUCUUGGGGCACCCUAAGAUUUCGGGAAAGCCUCUGCUAUUGCUGGCGAACAAACAGGACAAGUUGGAUGCACUCUUGCCCAGUGAAAUCAUCGAGUACCUGUCUCUGGAGAAGCUCGUGAAUGAAAGCAAGUCGCUGUGUCGCAUUGAACCCUCUUCAGCCACCAAAAGACUUCCCAGGACUCAGUGCCGAACCAUCAUUCAAGGGCUUCACUGGCUCUUGCGCAUCAUUGCCGUCAACUAUGGGGCACUGUCUGAUCGCAUCCAGAAAGACAGCCUUGAACCGCAACAGUUAUCAGAGCGGGAGGUAUCCCGGAAGGCCCGGAGACCCCGGAGCAAGACCCGGGAAGAAAGGGAGCCACCAGCCAAAAGGGGGAACUCCCAAGAACAAAAUGCCAAGAUAGAGGAAAGCAAACCACCAAAGAGCUCCCAGAACAUUUUGUCACAGAAAGAGGAAAGAACUAUGGCGCCCAAGAAGAAGAAGAGGAAAGUAAAUCUCAAGAUGAAGAAGAAAGGCUCAGUGCAGUCGAGCAGCACGUUGGCUGAAGACGUCAAGGGCAAAAUGGCAGCCAGUGGGAGCAAAUGCGGAGCCAUCGGUGGCCUCAUCCAGAACAACAAGGUUGCCCAAGAGAAUCCCAGAAUUCGAGAAACAUCUCCAACCCCAGCAGGGCAGAGCACAAAGAAGAAAAAUAAAACACUGAAAAAUAAAAUCAAGAGCAAAGAGCAAGCAGAGACCCAACGAAAUGAGAACCUGUCAAGCACUUUUGAUUUGUAUCGGAGAGCCAUGCUGGCUCUGAAAAUGCAACAAGAGGGUCCGAAGACCCAUUCAAUCAGCAUUUCCUGAUCCAUCCAGUCAAUAACCCUGGGGUAGAAAUCUCAAACUGGCCCCUGCAGAGCUGAAGACACUGCGAUGGAGAUGGAGCACUGAAUACUAAGAUGUACCAAAACUUUGUGCAAUAUUCAGAAGUGAAAUGUUGACAUACAACAGGCAGUCAGAUGGCUCAAAGAAAAUCUCUGGAAGAAAACAUGGACGGCUCUGAGAGCCUCUUCCACAUCACUAGAAUCCAAUGAAGAUUUGCAGCCUCAUUCUCAAGAGAGUCUAUUUUGGACUCACUUGAAAAAAGGACCAGUGAUUCGGAUGCUGAGAAUGGUCCUUUGUACCCCAUUGGCAUUGACCCAAUCAGCAUCCUUUUAGCAGCAUUAUCUUUAUGUCAUGCCCAAAUGUGAAGAUGGGGGGCUUCUCGGAGGCUGCUUCCAUACUGUUAGAACAUUCUACUCUGGGAGAGACACUCAGUUUGCAGAUACACUUAAUCUAGAACAGCAAAAUAUUUGCUAGACUGAACUAUAAUGGAAAUAUUUUUGUUUUUGUUUUCAAUUAAAG